AUGGCUCGUCGUAAGUCUGCUGCGAGACCUGCUUCCAGACCUGCCGCCAGACCUGCCGCCAGGUCCUCCUCUACUGAUCAACGAAACAGCAGACCUGCUUCAACAUUAUCAGCACCAACAAAACAAACUAAUAAUGUUCCAGCUGUUCCACCUAAAAAACCAACUGGUUUAGCGGAACAAAGACCACCUGGUUUGUUGGGACAGAUGGCUUCAACUGCUGCCGGUGUGGCUAUUGGACACAGCAUUGGUCAUGGUAUUACUGGCUUAUUUUCAGGAAGUGGGUCAGCCGAAACACCAGAACCUCAACAACAAUACACUCCUCAAACACAAAAUGAGCAACCUCAAUAUCAAGCGUUCCAAAAUGAUAAUUAUGGUGAAGCUUCGUGUGAAAAUGAUGCAAAGGCUUUAACAAAAUGCUUGGAAUUAAAUAAUCACAAUAUUGGUCUCUGUCAAUACUAUCUAGAGAAUCUCAAAGCCUGUCAACAAAUGGCAUCUCAACUUUAG